UUCGACUACUUUCCCGCGAUUGUAAUUCGGUUCUUCUGAUUUUAUUUUCUUGAUAUUUUCAGUUGUCGCGAGAAAUUUGAGCAUGACAUGUUCAAUUCGAAUUUUUGAAAAAUUUCAUUUCACCCCAAAAUAAUGUUUCUUGCGUUGCUCAAGGUCAAACUUCCAAAUAUGACCGACUGGCACAAACCUAGCUUGAUUUUCCGUCGAUGUGUACUUCCUGGCGAAUGUUACAACUUUGUCCAAACUCCUAAAUUAUCAUGAUGGUUUUUAUGUUGUUUUAUCUUCCUGGUCUUUAAUGUUCCAUGGAUUUUCGUGCUGGCUAUAUGCUGAAGGACGGGUGAAAUAACUUCGAGGUCUGAUGUUACCUUUCAAUCAGAAGGUUACACAAAGAAUGAUUAUUGUAAUCACGUUUGAAGGUGUAUGAUACAGUUUUGCUAGCUUGAAAAUGGUGUAUGUGUCCCAGUCGGGAACAAUAGAAGAUGGGAGAACAGGGCCAUUAUCUUCGCCUUUCAAAUGGAUCCAGAAUUUUUUCGCCGAACUCUUUGCUUUCAUUUCUCUAUUCUUGCACAGUCUUCUCUCCCCAGGAAUCACCAAGAAGGACAUGAAAAACCAAAACCGAUCCGGGUCCAGCUUAGGGCGCCCUCCGCCCGGAGGAGGAGGUGGUGGACCUAGAGGCCCUCGGGUGCAUGGAUUUCGCAGAAUGGGCGGCGCCAGUCCUCCGCCGAUGGCUGGAGGUGGAUGAGGUUAAAGAGGCAGCCCUCACUCGAUCGAAACUAGUUUCUUUAAACAUGAAUCGACGUCUCUUGUCAACUAUGCAAUCAAGUUGUCGAUGAAACAGACUCCUAGUUCAGAGACUUCAUGUUUUGAUCUAAUUGAGUUGAAGUGCUGCUUUAUUUAGAUGUUCAGUUUUGGCAGAUCUUAAUCAUGUGACAUAGAUUAUAUUUGUCGACGUAUGGCGAGUUUCCUUCAAACUCCUCUGGAGUGAGGAACUCUGAAGAUGAUGUUGAUUUGUCUAUUUUUGAUCAUCGUUUCGUGUUAUUUUGCCUUAUUAACGAUCUAUGAUGUGAAGUUGUACAUGUAUUACAGUAAUGUAAAUAGUUACUUAAGUUAAAUGAAAUUACUGGAAAUAAUGCAGUAUAUGGGUAGUAUAAAUUUUGAAAAAGUUUAAUAGGUAGGUUAAAGGGCAGUAUAUAAUUUAACAUUCAGUUAGUA